AUGAGUCAAAGAGGUGAAAGCCAAUCCUGGUUCGAUGCCCUCGGAGGGCUCGAAGACUAUCGCAGCAACGCUAGCAGCACCCGAUCAAGCUCUGUUGGCGAUAGUCACCGCAAUAAGAGCGGUAAGUCGAACUGCAACCGCCCUAGAACAGCUGUUUCUACUAACCCAUCACGGCAAAAGAGUGAUACUAGGUCAGCUUCUAGUGACAGGGCCAAUUCUCAUUCUACUGGCACGAAAGCCCCUACAAUCUCGAACUCUACACGCAAGCGUAUUGAGUCUGAGAACGAGGCACGAGAUCGUAUCAUCAAUCGUGCUCGUGCAUACGAAGCUCUAUGCAAAGCGGAGAAUGUCUCGGAGGAGCCGCCAACACCACCCAGUAAAGAUGAGGAUUCCAACUCGCCACGAUUGCACCCGGCCUCUAUGUAUCCAGGAUGGACCGCACAGGGUUCUACUUCAUCGGGAGCGGCGCACGAGGAUAACGAAACGGUGGCUCCUAGUGCGACGGCGAACGGUACCUCCUGGGUACCUCGAAAGCCAGUUUAUACGCAGGUCAUUCCUGGAAAGGAGGCGGAAAAGGUUGAUAACGAGAAGUCGACAAUACGGCAUUCGAAAUAUACGCCAUAUAGACCCGCGCCGCCGGUACCACCAAAGGACAAACCGCUACAACUUAAGCCUAAGCCCAGCGGUAUAAAUGGCGUAAAGCGUCGACCUCUACCGUUAAAUCUCCAAGAAGCUGCAACACAGAGUGGCAAUAGCGGAGAGGCUAGUCACAAUAGUACGUCCUCGGCUCAACCUAAAACCCCGAAUCCAAGCCCACGAAGCGAUGUCAUGCCUUGGGAUAAGAUCAAGCCAUACGAAGUGAACCACCCUCGUAACAGCCAGACUACAAUCCCCACAAGCGUCAGAAAGUCCAUCUACAAGGCUUACACGCCUACGCCAUCCCCAUCAACCACCACAUUCCCCUCCCAAGUCCGCCGCAUGGUCACUCCACCGCGCUCACCCUCCUCCCGUACCCCCGUCUCCCCGUCCUACUCCACAACCCCCCUUCUCACCCGCUCGCAGUCCCCAUCCCCUCUCCCCUCCCCUCGUCCCUCAACCCCGAUCCCCCGCUCACCAAGCCCAGCCCGCGGCUCCUGGACCUGCGACCGUCCACGGCAAAAGCGGUCUUCGUUCGUAGACCGCGCUCGGGAUCGGAUGAAAGCUAGCUGGCAUCUGAAUAUGCAGAAGGCGGGGGUACGACCGCUGAGUACGUUUGAGGUGGGGUUGGUGAGGAAGGGGGUUGUGAAGGAUGUGGCGAGUGAGUGGAUGGGGGGAUUGGAAAGUCCGGGUUUGGAGGGGGGGAGGGUGGAGUUAGAUUUGGAGGUGGGGGUGGAUGUGAAUGUGGAUGUGGGUUUUGGGGUGGAAAGGAGAAGAGGGAGGAGUGAGGAUGGGAGAGGUAGGAGAGGUGAGUUUGAGGGGUUGGAGGGAAGGGUUCGGAGAUUUCAGUUGAGGGAGAGUCAGCGCGAAGAAGGGGAGGAGGAGGUGCGGAGAGGUAAGUCGGGUAAGCAGAGGGCUCGAGGGCUUUCGUUUGAUGCCCAUGCUACGGGUCCCACGCGCGCUGAUUCUUUGUUUCUUGGGGCUGCGGCGAGACCAGACUCAGAGACUUUCUUUGCGUCGGAGUGGUCGCAGCAGAGGGUUAUUGAUCAGGCGAGGGAGAUGGUGGCUCAGUUGCCUGCUUCGUCGUCUUUUCAUAAAGGCCCGUUUGGGGAGAGGAUUGGUGAUGUUGCGUGGAGAUAUCGGAAGGUUGGUGUUGAUUCUAGGCGGGCUAGAUCGUUAGGUCGAGGGUUAGGGACCUCGGCGGAUGAUCGUGGACGGUUGCCGAGUCAAGAUCAUAGAGAUUCGAGGAUUCCUAGACUUGUUAGACCGACGAUAUCGAGGCGUCACGCGUUGUCGUGAUUGUAGGAGUAGAGGGGUUCGAUGAUGCCGAUGGUCUAUUGAUUAGGCUGUAUCAUUGGAUGUGACCAUCGUUAAUGGCAACUAGGUUAUUGCCAUACCUACAUAAAUUUCCAUCAAAUAGUAAUUUCAAAAUUGUUUAAUACCU